GGAUGUGUUAAAUGUGAAGUGAUGUAUAGUUGUGUAGUAGCUGAGAUUUGAGUUGUGGCUGUGUUGUGUUGCUUCUCUCUCCUCUCCUCGCCUCGUCGUCCCUCCCUACCCUCUCCUUUCUAUCGUGUUUCUAGUCUGUGAUGGUGCUUCCAGGAGCAUCACACACCCACCAUCAUCACCAUCAGCAGCAGGCGACUACUACCCAGCAGGUCUACAACCAGUCUCAACUGCAACUAGCCCACCACCACUUCCUCACCCAUCACCACAACACACUGGUCCACAGUGUCAAUAUUCUCAGGUCUCUCCCCAUGCCCACAGCUAUUCCGGACUCCUCCUCGUCCUCAGCUCAGAAUAUCUCGGCAGCCGUCGCCGGCAGAGGAACCGCGGGAAGUGCACUCCUCACCCCUCUAGGCGUGUCCUCCGCAGCCACUGCAACCUGCACGGGCGCAUCCUCUUCAUUCCCCCCAAUGGUGUCAACUACUCAGUGGGAGCGCAACAUGGUAUCCGCAGCGCAUCACUUCUCGAAGCAGCAGAUGAAUGAUAUUGUGCUAGACUACUUGAUCAAAGAGGGAUUCAAAGAAGCAGCUGAAGCGUUUGCGGCUGAAGCCAACAUGGAUUUGCAGCCAGACAAACUGAGUGGCAUGGACGAGCGGCUGACCAUACAGACAUGCAUCGUGUCAGGCGACAUCAUAGGAGCUAUGAAACUCAUCAAUGAUUUAAACUCUGAUCUAUUAGACGAAAACGCAGAAAUCAAUUUUCAACUGAAACAACAGCACGUGAUUGAGUUGAUCAGACGUGGGGACAAAGAAGGGGCUUUGACUUUUGCUCAGACAUAUUUGUCAGAGCACGGCGACGACGCGAACAAGCGCCAGGCCACGGAGAAGACUCUCAUGCUGCUCUGUUUUGAUGACUUCGACUCCUGUCCCGUCAAAGACUUUCUCUCGGAAUCAAAGAGGCUCAAGCUGGCCGAGGACGUGAACAGUGCAAUUUUGAUCGCACAAGACAGAGAGCCGAGCUCUAAACUAGCGAAAGCCGUGCAAAUUCUAGACUGGGCUCAGAACUCUCUAGAUGACCGAGGAGUGAAAUACCCGAGAAUCGAUGACGUCACAACCGGUGAACUUUCCUACCCAGAUUCGGCCAGUCUCGCUACGAUGCAGUGAUUGUUGGAAAUUCUAGAUCAAAAACAAGACUUUACAUCUGAUUUAGUACAAAUAUAUACUUAACAAGUUAUCUAUCCUGGUGGCGACGAUUAGUAAAUCAAACAGCCUUCACAAGAUUGUUUAAAAAGAUCCGAUUUUCUUGUCAUCUCUCAUCAAAAGUAACAGGGUGGAAAAAAUUGUUAAGUAGAUACCCAACCAUUACAAACUUAAUUUUGUUUAAUUGUAAAAUGUUUUAUGAUCUUAACUGGAAUUUUAAAUGUCAGGAAAAUUUGGAAGGAGAUACUAUUUAUUGAUUGAAACUUGUCAGCGUUCUCUUUCGCUAUUAGUUGUUGUGAAGUAGCGUAAUCUAUUGAGACUUAAAGUGUUGAAUUUAACCAUUAUUCACUGA